AUGGAGAGAAUGGACCCUGUGCUUGCAUUAACUUUACAUGUUAUAUUUCUUGUGAUGGGCAUCUCUGGCAACCUGUUUAUUUUGACAGUGCAUUUUAUGGACUGGCUGAAGACCCGUAGCAUUAAUGCCUGCGCCCUCAUCCUCAACUGCAUUGCAUUUUCCAACAUUAGCUUCCAAGGGACAAUAGUAGCAAACGAAUUUUCAUUCUACCUAUUUAAUGCCUUUUUCUCACAAGACUGGGUGAUAAAAUCGUUUGUUACCAUCAUUGUUUGUCUUUCAUUCUCCAGCCUCUGGUUUUCCACUUGUCUGUGCUUCUACUAUUGUGUAAAGAUUGUAAAUCUCAAUAUAGCAUUCUUCCAAAAACUGAAAACAAAGCUUCCAGUGAUGGUGCCCUGGAUGUUAGUAGCUUCCUUUAUUUUGUCUUGGAUAUCUGGGAUAACAUCCUACUGGGACCUACAAACUGAACAACUCACUUCCACAGCUGUUAAUGUUUCAAGGAACAAGACAUUUUUGGCUGGUUACAGUUUUCGGAGUAGCUGUUCUUGUCUCUUUCCAAUCUACAUCUUUCUUUCUUCCAUGGCCUUCACCGUAAUCUUCUGCACAGCUAUGGCCAUCGUCACCUCUCUGUGCAAACAUAUGAGGAGGAUGAAGAAGAACAAUGACGGUUUUGGAAACACAAGUCUUGUUUCCCACCUGUCAGCAGCGAAAACUGUAACAACACUUCUGUUUGUGUACAUGACAUUUUAUGGAGCUUUAAAUAUUAUGUUUAACAUGGCAACCACCGCGGGUUCCCUGUUGUUUUCACUUUGUAUCAUUGUCAUAUCAAGUUUCCCAUCUGUUAAUGUUCUUAUUUUAAUCAUGGGCAACAGACAUCUGAAAGAUAUUCUAAAACAAGUUUUGGGAGCAAAAGCCAAUAGUAGCAGUGAGGGAAAGUGA